AUGGCUAACCGUACCGUUAUUGUGGACAAUAAUACCUGGAACAACACACAUAUUGCAACUGUUGGUACUGCCAUGUCGUCUCCUGAAAAGGCAGCUUGGGAAAUUUUUCAGUCUUUGGAUGUAAAAUAUGUUCUUGUUGUCUUUGGAGGUGUUGUUGGCUAUCCUAGUGAUGAUAUUAAUAAGUUCCUAUGGAUGGUUCGCAUAGGAGGGGGUGUAUUCCCUCACAUAAAGGAGCCUGAUUAUCUGAGAGAUGGUCAGUACCGGAUUGAUUCUCAGGCGACUCCGACCAUGCUAAACUGCCUCAUGUACAAACUAUCCUAUUACAGAUUUGUGGAGACAGAUGGUAAAGGCUUUGAUAGAGUCAGGGGAACUGAAAUUGGAAAGAAACAUUUUAAAUUGACCCAUUUUGAGGAGUAUAUUGUGGAGGAGAUUGCUUUGAGUUAA